AUAUCCCCUAGAUCCCAGACCUUCAAAAUCAUUUCAACAAUCAACACGAAUGAUUCAAUAUCUGAACGUUCUCCCUAUCCACACAAAAUUUAUUGUUUGAAAUCAAAGGGGGGGAUAUUUGGAUCACUUAAAAUGAAUUCCUGGUCCCUCUUUUCAUUACGCAACCCCCAAUGCAAGUUGCGCAACUCGCUGGUGGAGAUCUCCCGCUCCAACCGCCACACUGAUUGUUGCUUCAUCAUCGAACCGGAGAGUGGAGUUAGCAAGACUUUCCCCUGCCACAGGCUGAUCUUCAGUUGUGCCUCGGAGGUCUUCGAUCGGAUGCUGUACGGUGAGUACAACGAGUCCACCAGCGGCGAGGUCCAUCUGAACGAUGUGGAACCGGAUGUGUUCGAGAAGUUUCGGGAUUAUAUCUACGGCUUCGAGUACGAGAAACUGACGCACUACGACUUCGACACCCUCAUCCGACUGGCCGAGUUCGGCAACAAGUACCUGGUACAGUCCAUCGAGGAGGACUGUGUGCGGGAGCUGAUAAGCCGCAAGGCUUCCUACGAUAUGGGUGAACUGCUGCGACUGUUCCAGUGCGCCCACCACCUCAACCAGAAGCCCAUGAUCGAGACGGUGGCCUGGGACCUCAAAUGCAACCAUUCCGGUACUCUCAACCAUGCCGGCGUCUACGAGUUCAAUGCGGAUGUCUUCAAGCACUACAUCGAGGUGAUUGCCGGCAAAAUGCCGGAGGCAGAUCGCUUCCGUCUCCUGGAAAUGUAUCUCAAAUACAAUGGUAUCGACGAUGGCGAGUAUACCUGCACCGACCUGCCCGUGGUGGAGGCCCACGUAAGUGAAGCCGAUGCCGCACAGGUAGCCCCUGAUCCGCCCGCCGACGACAGUGGUGCGCCGCUCCAACCUCGUCCCAGUUCCAUUAUUCUGUCCAAUGAGGAGGAGAGACGCAAAUACGUGAGUGACCUGGUCGGGCUGAUCGACUUCGACAAGUUCUCGCCCAAGGAGUUCUACGAGGGUCCUGGGAAGUCCAACUUCCUGAGUCUGGCCCAGAAGUACGAGCACCUGUACAAGAUCGCCCGGAUGGUUGUCAAGGCCAAGGAGGAUUUGCAGCUGAAGCUGUUGCCCACCCAGGAGCCGGGACCCUUCCUGGCCGACUCCCGACGUGUCAUCAGCCUCGGAAGCUCUCUGACCCGCAAUGAGUCCGCAUCUAGUGUGAUCACCUCGCACCACGCUCCUCGUACCAAUCGUCGGUAUAGGAAUUUCUGAGU